CCAGGCGCGAUUCUAGGAUUUUCUCAACGGGGGGGCACUUUCUAACAUAAUGCGAUUUUCCGAAAAUGAGUCACAGCUGUUAAAUUCACGCCUCAUUUUGUCGCCUUUUUCAGAAAUAUGUGUGAUUAGCGGUUCUGGAUGAAUACUUUUGAAAUACAAUGAUGCGAAAACUUGAGUCCUUUGAAAUUCACACAUGUUAUUAACACUUGUUUUUUUGGCCGCAAAAUUCAGUAUAUAUUUGAACGCUAAAUUUACAAAAUCAUUCCACUCAAAUUCACUUUCAGAGUAAUGUCUAAACGCAGUUCGACAACAAAUCCGUCACCGAGGUCAUCCUCAAAGAUUACGUCCUUCUUUGGUUUUUCAACUCCACAAGCAUCACAAUCCAGCGACCUAUCCCAGUCUCCCGUGACAGAAUCAGAUGUCGUGACCGAGAAUCAAUCUAGCACUUCUGGUACCCAACCUGCAGUCCAUGAGGCUUCAACGGACACCCCUGCUGACAUUGGUGUUUUUGUGGGCGAUCCUUCGUCAGCAACUGAUGGACAGAAAUAUGCUCUUCUGAAGACUCGACAAAUACCCGUUUUCCCCGGAAACAACUGGCCGCAUGAGACAAGAUCGGGAAAAAAGAGACACCUCAAUGCACGGCAUUUCGAGAUUCAUGGAUCGUGGCUGUGUUACUCACAUGAACCAGCUGGACUGUUCUGCAAAGUCUGCCUGUUCUUCGCAGAUCGGGACGCGGUCAGACGACGAAAUGGCAGCACAGCGCCCGUGACCUUCAUCAACAAAGGAUGCACCCGAUACAGCAGGCUCACAGGCAGUGAGGGAUACUUCGACGCCCACUGCAACACAAACUACCACAAGGACGCCUCCCUGGUCGCAGUAGAUUUUAUCUACGCAUUCGAGCAUCCCGCCAAGUCAAUAGAUCAACAACUGGACAAACAGGUUCAUCAGAGAGUUGCAGAAAACCGGAAACGCCUCAAGCCCAUCGUCAGCACAAUUGUUUUUGCUGGUCGGAUGGGACUUCCUCUUGAGCACUGUGAUCCAGCUUUCUUCUCGAAUGUCAGUGUUCUUCUUACGGUGCUUGCGACCCUUCCAGUGACAACUUGCUCAGCAGAGCGCUCCUUUUCUGUUUUGCGUCUCCUUAAGACGUAUCUGAGGUCCAGAAUGGGAGAAGAGCGUCUGACGGGACUUGCACUGAUGUACGUACAUUCAGACCUCAAGAUUGACCUGGACGACAUUAUCAACCGUUUCAGCCAGAAGAACCGACGACUAGAGUUCCAACGAUAA